AUGAUGAAUACAAUGGCUACGAUCGAGUGGCGUUUGCAGUCUCGUUCGAAUGUGGAGUUUCGACGAGCAAGGACGUGUCUGGAAUGUGGGCCGUCGACAGUGGUGCAACGCACCACAUUUGCCACGACAAGACCAAGUUCGCAAGUUUGGCAGAGCGCAAUGAGGGCGAACUUGGUGGCUGAUGGCAACAAGGUGGCCAUCAAGGGUGUGGGAACCAUCAUGGAAAAGGUGGUUCUGCCCAACGGUGAAGAGCGUGAGAUCGAAAUCAAGAACGCGCUAUAUGUUCCAAGUAUGAGCAAGAACCUGCUCUCGGUGCCACAGAUUAACAGCCAUGGCAAGUUUCAAGUCGUGUUUGACGGGUCCAAGAUGUAUGUGACUCUCAAGAACUCACAGCAAGUGGUGGCGACAGCGGAUCUCGUGGAUGGACUCUACUGGCUUCGGACGACUCAACGAUCAGCGAAUGUGACAACAAGUGGAACCAGUUGUGCCGAUCUACAUGCGAGAAUGGGUCAUGCUCCAGUCGAUGUACUUCGCAAGAUGAUCGCGACCAACAUGAUCAAGGAUGUGCGAGUCCCUCUCAAGUCGGGUGGAGCAACUACAUGUCGAGGAUGUCAACAAGGGAAAAUGGUCCAAAACCAUUUCCAAGUAACCGAGACAAGCGCAGCUACGAUACGUUUGAGCUACUUCAUCUGGACAUCUGCGGGCCCAUGGAAAAGGAUUCGCUCGGUGGCAGCAAAUAUUUGCUGCUGA